GCGAAAACUGUUGGUGAUGCACUUUAUGUCUUGUGGAGUGUUAAUAGUGGAACACUUCCAGGAAACGUAUCUGGUCCAAUUGACUUCCGAGUCCACUUCUGCCCACUGAACAUGUUUCAGGAACUAUAUUGUCAACAAGUAAAUAUCACACUUUGCAAUGCUACCUACCAGAAACUACCAUAUUUAUCAGCUAAUAUUUCAACACAGCAAGAUGAGUUGACAGAUUACAUCAGAGCUGGUCAUCCUUUAUCAUUAUUUGUGAAAAAUAGUUCAACUAGCACCAGUGCCAAUUGGAAUGAAACAAGUGCAGAAUUCAUGUGCAUUGUCAAUAAUAUAGACGAAUGUUUGGCUGCUCACGAAGGACCGUUGUCAGAAUUGAAAGGUCAGGUCUUGAUCAUUGCAUCAUAUGGCAUUAACAAAGAAGAAAAAAUUCUUGAUGUAAAACAAAAUCAAG